AUGGUGUCUCUGGCAGCCCAUGUGCUCGCCAGAGAUAUUCCCAAUUCUAUCAAAGCUAAAAAACACCUUAAAAUACACACAGGAGAGAAUCUGUAUCCCUGUACUGACUGUGGGAAGAGAUUCACGACAUCAAGGUCUCUGACAGUUCAUCAGAGAAUACACACAGGAGAGAAGCCUUACUCCUGCUCUGACUGCGGAAAGAGUUUCUCUAGAAUGACCAACUUAAAAACACAUGAACGUAUACAUACAGGAGUGAAGCCUUACUCCUGCUCUGUCUGUGGAAUGUGUUUCUCUAGACUAGGUGACUUAAAAACACAUGAACGUAUACAUACUGGAGUGAAGCCUUAUUCCUGCUCUGACUGUGACAAGAGUUUCUCUCGACUGGGCCACUUAAAAACACAUGAACGUAUACAUACAGGAGUGAAACCUUACUUCUGCUCUGACUGUGGAAAUAGUUUCUCUCGACUGGGAAACUUAAAAACACAUAAACGUAUACAUACAGGAGUGAAGCCUUACUCCUGCUCGUACUGUGGAAAGAGUUUCUCUCGACUGGGCGACUUAAAAACACAUGAACGUAUACAUACAGGAGUGAAUUCUUACUCCUGCUCUGAAUGUGGAAAGAGUUUCACUCGACUGGGCCACUUAAAAACACAUGAACGUAUACAUACAGGAGUGAAGCCUUACUCCUGCUUUGACUGUGGAAAGAGUUUCUCUCGACUGGAAAACUUAAGAAGACAUGAACGUAUACAUACAGGAGAGAAGCCUUACUCCUGCUCUGAUUGUGUAAAAUGCUUCACAACAUCAACUGACCUGAAAGUUCAUCAGAGAACACACACAGGAGAGAAGCCUUACCACUGAUCUGACUUACAGCUGAGCUAAAAGGGUCAUCGAUGAACACACACAGAAGAGAAGCCUUACUUCUGCUCUUAAUGUGGCAAGAGUUUCUCCAGAUUGGGCAAUGAAAAGACACAAAAACUGAUACACACUUGAAGAGAAGCCUUAUCACUGCACUGACAGUGAGGGAGAUUCUACAGAUUGGGCCAUUUAAAGACACCAUUGUAUACAUAAAGGAGAGAGUCCUUGUCAGUUCUCUCAGACCAGCUGAGAUUAGUCACUCAAUCACUUAAUUUUAAUUUCAUAAAAUAAUUGUCAACACUCUAUUGCAAUCCUAUUGUUUCUCACUGUGAGGACUGUGCAGAGGAAAGGGAGCAUUCUAGAAUGUUAGCCUUUCUUUACUGAUCAGUGUGCUCCAUGUCAGGUUGUGUGUUUUGUUAGCUUCUACUGUAAAGAUACUGAGAUCUUGGAUUUUCCCUUAGGGUUGAAUGUCCUCUGUGAGGCGUCUGAUGGUUGACUGGGUGGUACUGCUUCCCUCUACAGUUUUCUGUGAGAAUGAGCUGGUAGACACAACAUACACUGAGUGUACAAAACAUUAAGGACACCUG